AUGACCGAUCACAACGUUACCAUCUCCCGUGGCAACAACACCCAGUCGAGAGCCGGAUCUGGACCUGAUCGAAGCGAGCCGAGGACGAUCGACGAGACGAUCUUCGGUAAACGGGACCGCGCUUUCACCGCGACGAUGAGGGGAACCAUUCUCGUUUUCGUAGCUCUGCUCGUAGUUGUCUGUGCAACCGAAGUUAAUCACUGUGGAACCGGAGAGAAGUUCGAGGAUUCGAAUCAGGUUAAGAUAACCGGCUGCGACGUACCACCGUGCAAAUUGAAACGAAGGACGAAGGCGUCGGUCGAGCAAAAGUUCGUGCCGAAACAAGAUGUCGAGUCUUUGGUGAACUCUGUGAACGCCGCUGUGCUUGGCGUACCGUUGCCGUUCGUCGGCGUGGAUGGGACCAGCGCGUGCGAUAACAUUUACAAUCUGGACGGAACUCCGGCUGGAUGCUCGUUGAAGAAAGACGUCGAGUACAUCUACAAGCGAGAGUUCCCCGUGCUGCAGAUUUAUCCCACGAUUUCCAUGGUUAUUCAUUACGCGCUGAUGGAAGGAAACAACACGAUCGCGUGCUUCGAAGUUCCAGCAAAGAUCACCAAUUGAGAAUGUCCCGUAUUUUUGUGGAGAAGAAGCGAUGAACGUGUUGUUACCUCGGUAUAAGAAAAUCUAUGUGCAACGCAAGAUGGAAGAGAAGCGUUUUCGCAUGGGAAAGAUACGAUCUCCGUGGAUAGAACGAUUCUCACGUAGUCUUGUCUCAGAGAACGAGCUUAAUCAGUAUCAUAUAUAUAGUGUAUGCGAGUAAUUGUAAUUCGUUAAUAAAAGCUUUUGUAUUUCUUUCGUCGCGACAUCUA